AUGGAUUUGCAUGCACAAAUGUCAGGCCAAAUCUCCGGGCAGGUAUCGAAUCAAGACGGUAGUCGGUUGUCUGAGCUAUCUCAACACAAUAGUGGGUCUCUUCCUAAUCAGAUUCAGAACUUGGGUGAGCAUCGUAGUACACCGGCAGUGGAUCACGAGACUUUUAAAAUGCGCAAAUAUAUGCUCGAUAAGAUCUAUCAAAUGGUAAUACAGGGUCGUCGACGACAAUCAAAUCAGGAGAUACAAUCCAAGAAGAUACAAGAUAUUGUAAAACGCUUGGAGGAGGGUCUAUUCAGAACUGCCACUACCAAGGAGGAAUAUCUGAACUUGGAUACAUUAGAGACUCGCUUGCAUGGCCUGAUCAAACGUUCUCCUACGAAAAAUCAUAACCAACAAUAUUCACAAGUGGUCAAUUCUUCUUCUUCUUCUUCUUCUUCUGUUGGAACAAUGAUUCCAACUCCUGUUAUGCCUCAAAGCAGCAAUCCAAACAUGAUGGCAGCAGCAUCAUCCAUGAACUCUUCCAUGGCUGCCAAUGGAGGCAAUGGCAUUGGUGCAUCUGGUAAUUAAUGGACC